CGACGCCGGCGCCCGUUGCUAAGGGCGGAGGACGCGGGAGGCGGGGCGGGAGAGAAGGGAAAACAAGGAUGUGGUCCGUCCGCUCUGGUUCUCGGGCGGCAGCCGCUUCCGGUUCUCGGGGCAGCCGGUCCUCCGUCCUGCCUUCCCCGGAGGAGCUGUGGGGCGGCGGCGGCGGGUUCCGCCGCGUCGGGAGCCUUCGGAGCCGCAGGUCCCUCUUGGUGGUGGCGGCGGGGGCGGCGGCGGGUCUCCGGCGCGGCGGCGAUGCUGAGCUCCCGGGCCCAGGCGGCGGUGACCGCGGCCGACCGCGCCAUCCAGCGCUUCCUGCGCACCGGGGCGGCGGUCAGAUAUAAAGUCAUGAAGAACUGGGGUGUUAUAGGUGGAAUUGCUGCUGCUCUUGCCGCAGGAAUCUAUGUGAUUUGGGGUCCCAUUACAGAAAGGAAGAAGCGUAGAAAAGGACUGGUGCCUGGCCUUGUCAACUUAGGGAACACCUGCUUCAUGAAUUCCCUGCUACAAGGCCUGUCUGCCUGCCCUGCUUUCAUCAAGUGGCUGGAAGAGUUUACCACCCAGUACACCAGGGAUCAGAAGGAGACCUCACCCCACCAGUAUUUAUCCUUAACGCUGUUGCACCUCCUCAAAGCUUUAUCCUGCCAAGAAGUCACCGACGAUGAGGUCUUAGAUGCAAGCUGCUUGUUGGAUGUCUUAAGGAUGUACAGAUGGCAGAUCUCUUCAUUUGAAGAACAGGAUGCACACGAGUUAUUCCAUGUCAUUACGUCCUCCCUGGAAGAUGAGCGGGAUCGGCAGCCCCGGGUCACACAUUUGUUUGAUGUGCAUUCCCUGGAGCAGCAGCCAGAAAUAACUCCUAAGCAAAUAACCUGCCGCACAAGAGGGUCACCUCAUCCCACGUCUAAUCACUGGAAAUCCCAGCAUCCUUUCCAUGGAAGGCUGACGAGUAACAUGGUCUGCAAACACUGUGAACACCAGAGUCCUGUUCGAUUUGAUACCUUCGACAGCCUUUCACUGAGUAUUCCAGCUGCCACGUGGGGGAAUCCGCUGACCCUGGACCACUGCCUUCACCACUUUAUCUCAUCAGAAUCCGUGCGAGAUGUCGUAUGUGACAACUGUACGCAGAUUGAAGCCAAAGGGACAUUGAAUGGGGAAAAGGUGGAACACCAGAGGACCACCUUUGUUAAACAGCUGAAACUAGGGAAGCUCCCUCAGUGUCUGUGCAUCCACCUCCAGCGGCUGAGCUGGUCCAGCCACGGCACGCCCCUGAAGCGGCAUGAGCACGUACAGUUCAAUGAGUUUCUGAUGAUGGACAUCUACAAGUAUCACCUCCUUGGGCACAAACCCGGUCAGCACAACCCCAAACCCAGCGAGACCACGGGGCCCACCUUGGAUCUGCAGGAUGGGCCGGCCACCCCCAAAUCAGUUCUGAGUCAGCCCGGGGGCCCCAAAACACAAAUUUUUAUGAAUGGCGCCUGCUCCCCAUCUUUGUUGCCCCCCCUGCCAGCCCCGAUGCCCUUCCCGCUCCCCGUGGUUCCUGACUACAGCUCCUCCAUGUACCUCUUCCGGCUGAUGGCCGUUGUAGUCCACCAUGGAGACAUGCACUCGGGACACUUUGUGACUUACCGACGGUCUCCACCUUCGGCCAAGAACCCUCUUUCAACCAGCAACCAGUGGCUGUGGAUCUCCGAUGACACCGUCCGCAAGGCGAGCCUGCAGGAGGUCCUGUCCUCCAGUGCUUACCUGCUGUUCUAUGAGCGUGUUCUUUCCAAGAUGCAGCACCAGGGCCGGGAGUAUAGGUCUGAAGAGUGACUGCCCUGGCCCCAGAGCUAGAGUCAAUGGCACUGUCCAAACUGGCAGGGAACAAGGCAAAAUCAGACUGUGUGGGUAUGCAAGCAGCCCCGCUAGAGUCCUCAGCCUUCUGGUGAGUUCUAAGAGCAGGCUCUGUGCAGGAGCCAAUGGUCCCAGUUCAAGCCAAACCAGGCUCCCUGAACAGCUCUGCUAGUAUGCACUGGAGGGUGUCUUUGUUGUGCUCGGACAGCAUUCAUUCUGUCUUGAACGUCUUUUUACUCACCUAAUAUAGGUAAUUAAAAGAAAUCCGAUUCUGGAAGCCACCUUUUUUAUAUUCAGCUAUGUUAGGUGUUCUCAGAGGGGAGAUAAUUUUGUCUAAGACCUCUGAUCGGUUUCAGCAUAGAUCUUUUAUUUUUAAUAAGCAGGCCCAUACAAAUUGGUGAAAUUAUUAAAGGCAACAACUUAGAAGAAAAAGUGCCUUUCACUUUUGAUUGCUUUUGUAGCACGUCCAUCCUGGAAAAUACAUAUUGUCCAAGAGUGCCCAAAACAACUUUUGAAAAGCUCUACUCCUUCCAAGUUUCUCCAUGGUGACAGGACAGCUCAAAGACGCCUGAAGAACACUCGCCUUUAUCUUUUUGUGGGUCUUUUCUAAUCUUUGGAUUCUUUCUAUGUAGUCAAAGCGCACCUGCCAAAUCUGCCACCACCGCCCCCUGCCCUCUGCCCCUGGGAAGGGGGUUAAUUCUUCCACUGCUCUAUCAGUUGUAAGUGCACUGCUUCUCGGUUGCUCUUACUCUCGGCACACUGGACUAGAGAUGUGAUGACGGUCUGGUAUAAAACUUUGUGAAUAGUAGGCACAGAACAGCCAUCUGUGCCAGCACCUGCACUUCCUCUGCUCUGGACAAAGUCCGUUUUUACAUAAAGUCCCCACCCCACCCCCGAGGACAGUUACUCCUAACUCUGUUGCCUAUGCAGUGCUCCUGAGGCUUACAGGCGUAGCUGGGGGCUGCAUGAGAGGACAGUCCUUGCCUUGAUUCGGGAGCUGGGUUCAGAAGGAAGGUCACCGAAUGUAGGGCUACAGUUGGGCUUCCUCAUUUGUAAAGUGAAGGCUGAUGCUCAGCAAUCAUCAAAACCUCAGCCCUUUCUACAAAAAAGAAGUUUUCGAUUUUUAAAAAAAUGUAUCCUUACAGCUGAUCAUCUAAUAUUAUCAUUUUGUUACAGGUCCAUAUUCUAAAUUUAUGGGCUCCCAGCAGCCUGGUUAAAAAAAAAAAAAAAGACUAUAUUGAGCAUCCUCUUCCUUCUUUGGAUAAGUCUCAUGAAUGCAGCCCAGGGCCAAAGGAAGUUUGAGGACAAGUAGUAUUAUAUGUUUUAGCUAGGUUUUUUUAUUUAAAAAAAAAAAAACAAGAUACCAAAUUCAAAUGGACUCUUCAGAGUUAAGGUUUAGAAUCAGAGCUUUCUAAGAGGUCACCCGAGGUGAGGCAGAACUGUGCUUCCCCUGGCAGGGGCCAGCUAACAAACACUUCUAGACCAGGCCUGGGUGUCUGCUCACAGCAGAAGGGGCCCAGGUGAUCACUGCCCCACUGGGCCCAGCACGCAUCCCUGAGGACUCAAAACUCACUACCGAUUGAACAUCCUGUGAAGGUUCUCCAGGCCACGGACGUCAGGGAGAGAGGGGCAGCUUGAAGCACCUGAGCCCUCCCUGCUGACGCCCCUUCCCUGGCUCUAUGGUUGAAAAGAGUACACCUGUUUUACCUGAGUCUGGAGGAAUCAAAUGCCCAAUGACGUGACCUUACACUGCACUGCGAAGCGGUAGCUUCUAAUAACUGCUCUUCUGCCCCCGCUUACUCUUUGAAAUCUGCCGUUAAAGAGAGAUGCUGGGCACAAAACGUUUAGCUGUAAGCAAUUUGUUGUUGGUCAGAGGCCAGGAUCUGAGCCAAGGCUGUAAAUGUGAAUGACACCCAUGCAAGGUCUCUUAACUAGACUUAAAGCUGACUUCCUCAUUUUGUAAAUUAUUAGACAUUAAGUAGCAUCUUAUUUCUAGCUUUAAGUUAUUUACAAAGCGGCUUCUCUUGGCACAAACCUAAGUUAAACUAGUAGUUUAUGCUGUAAUAACUGCUGAUUUAUGUAUUUGCAAAAGGUACCUUUUGUAUCUGCUGUGUAUUAUAGUAAUAAAAGAAUCUUUUUGUUAGGAAAAAAAAUCAACUGGUAUUCUUUCAUAAUUGACCAAUUUGAUAACUGCCAUCUUCUUUCUGAAUUCUGCAUUGUUAUGUAAUAAGCCCCAUCCUUGGAUUAAGCCUUUCCUAUGUUCCCUGCUGAGAAAGGAGAUGCCAGCUCCCACUUGGAGUAGAAAAGGAAGGAGAAAAUAGAAGUAUGAACCA